AUGAGCGACGAUCUGGAUCAGAGACCAGCAAAGAGACAGCGCUUCUUUACUGGAGACGAUUUGUCGCCUUCAAAUCCGGUGAUAGGCAAAACCGACGCGUCAUUGACACGGUCCCCUCUCGGACAGGCAGAGCAUCAUGUUAAGCAGGACGGUACCCCGGAGGCUGUUCCAGAGACCCCGCCUCGCCGUGAUAUGAAACCCCUGGUCGAUCUUGCAGGAUCACGAGUGACCCCGAUCUUGUCCACAGAAGCCACAGAAGUACCAGCACCGACAAUCAACCAUUCAAUUGCAACCAAUAUACUCACGAACGGGACGACCGAAUCACAUCACAAUGAAGUUAAUGGUGUUGCGAAUGGGGCGCCUGCUGUUGAAUUGGAUGGGUUUGAUAUAGAAACGUUCACUAGCAUCAUCGGUGAGCGGCUUUCAUUAUCCUCUAUCGAAGUUAUCAAAGCUGCCGCUUCCAACAACCUCGAACGGGCUGUCAAUAUCUACUUUGAUGGAUCAUGGAACAGACCGACCAACGCAACUGUCUCUGUCCGGAUCAACUCGAAUCUUUUACGCAAUAAUCCCCCCACGUCAUCGAAUCCAAAGAGCGAAAGGACAUCACAAUCGAUCGACAUGAAUUCUCCAUUCGAAUACAGAUCCGUGGCAGGGAAAAUGCCUUCAUCACGAUUCGUUGGCUCAUUCGGCGUAGGCGGCUGGGCAACACGAAGCGGACCUGCCCUUCUCAAGCAUGGAGAUCCAGUGAAGAUUGAACGUGCCAGAUCUCAGCCUACAACUAAGCGUCGGGGUAACAAGGUGAUUGUCAAUCAGAAGGGGGAUGUUUUGACACGAUUUACAACUAUGGCCGGCCAGGAGGUGGGGAGACUGCCCCAUGAUACUGCAGGAUGGGUAUCGCCUUUGAUUGAUCAGAAGAUUUGUCAUUUUGAAGGUGUUUGUGUCUUCAGUGACGAUAGGCUACGAGUCAACGAUACCAUAUACCUACAGCUGCGAUGUUUCCUUCGUAAAGAAGCCUUCCAACGUGUGCCGUUUCUUGGGUCGAAGACCGAUGAUAACAGAUCUACUGGUCUCUUUGAAGAAAAAGAAAGCACAGAAGAAAAGAACCUUCGACUCCGCCAGGUUUCCCUUGUAAAAAUGUUCGACGCCAUUGACCUCAAGCCGACUUCUAUCAACCCAACCACCGAGAAGCAUAAGAGAACCGGUAUUCUUCGAGCGGCUGAAAUGGCUGAGCAAUACGAUAACACUAAAAAAGAGAAGUCAAAGGGCGGCAAAGACGGCGAAGAUUCUUCUGAAGAGGAUGAAACGGAGGAACUUGCCCAGGAUCAGCUGGAUACGCUUUACCGGAAAGCUCAAUCUUUCGACUUCAACAUGCCCGAGGCUGAGCCCGCUCCUACAUUCCGGAUGAGCCUUCGAAAAUACCAAAGACAGGCUCUCCACUGGAUGCUGUCAAAAGAAAAGGACAGCAAAAAACCUCGUGAACGGUCCAUGCAUCCGCUAUGGGAGGAAUAUGUAUGGCCUUUAAAAGACGGCGACGACAAAGAUCUCCCCACCUUCGAAGGAAUUGAACACUUUUAUGUCAAUCCAUACUCGGGAGAUCUCAGUGUGGACUUCCCAGCUCAGGAACAACACUGCUUGGGUGGAAUAUUGGCAGACGAGAUGGGUCUUGGAAAGACCAUAGAGAUGAUGGCGCUUGUGCACUCUCACAGGGCGGAGCCUGACCCCCAAGCUUCAAAUGGCAUGAGCUCUGUGAACGAUCUUGCCCGAGUUCCCGACUCUACUGGUGUUAUUCCGGCUCCGUAUACUACACUUGUGGUGGCGCCUACAUCCUUGCUUGCACAAUGGGAGAGCGAAGCACUGAAAGCCUCAGAAGAAGGGUCUAUGCGUGUCCUGCUCUAUUAUGGCGCUGAAAAAGUAGUGAAUCUUCGGGACCUCUGCUGUGCAUCGAAACACGCAACUGCACCAAAUGUCAUCGUAACAAGCUUUGGGACCGUAUUAUCCGAGUACCGCUCCCUGAUGUCGGCUGGUUCGGAAGGUGGAUUGUUCUCCGUUGAUUUCUUUCGAGUUAUCUUGGAUGAGGCCCAUACCAUUAAGAAUCGACGCUCUAAAACAACCCAGGCAUGUUACGCACUGAACGCAUCACAUCGCUGGACCCUAACCGGCACUCCCAUUGUAAAUCGAUUGGAAGAUCUGUUUAGUCUCGUGCGAUUUCUCAAAGUUGAACCUUGGAGCAACUUCUCUUUCUGGAAGACAUUCAUCACUGUUCCUUUCGAAUCUAAAGACUAUAUUCGUGCCCUUAAUGUUGUACAGAGUGUUUUGGAGCCUCUCGUUUUAAGAAGAACCAAAUCUAUGAAAACCCCAGACGGUGAGCCUUUGGUUCCUUUGCCAUCGCGAACAAUCACUAUUGAAGAAAUCGAGCUCCCCGCGAAGGAACGUGAAAUUUACGACUGCAUCUAUACGCGAGCGAAGCGUACUUUCAACGAUAAUGUCUCGGCAGGGACUUUGCUUCAGUCGUACUCUACUAUCUUUGCCCAACUUCUUCGUCUCAGACAAACCUGCUGUCACCCAAUACUCACCCGCAACAAAGAAAUAGUUGCUGAUGAAGAAGUCGCUGCCGCUGCCGCUGAUGCUGCCAACGAAAUGAAGGAUGACAUGGACGUCCAACAGCUCAUAAACCAAUUCACGGUAGCUACUGAGAACGCCGAAUCAGAAGACCGAAAUGUAAAGUUCACUGCGCAUGCCCUUCGCCAAAUCCAAACAGAGUCUAGCGGGGAAUGUCCAAUUUGCUGCGAAGAGCCCAUGAUUGAUCCCGCAGUGACGGCAUGCUGGCAUAGUGCGUGCAAGAAAUGUCUCCAGGACUUUGUGGCGCACCAGAUGAACAAGGAUGUCGAACCACGUUGUUUCAACUGUCGAGCUCCAAUUGACGCAAAGAGUAUAUUCGAGGUCGUUCGCCAUGCCUCUACGCAGCCCACGUCAAUGGACGACUUCGCUUCUAAUGAAACGGCACCCAACGCCUCCCAGCCUGCUCCCCGUAUCUCCCUCCGUCGAAUCAACCCCCUGUCUCCAUCUGCACAUACUUCCGCCAAGAUCCAUGCCUUGAUAAGCCACCUUUCGCGUAUGCCACCUAAUACUAAAUCGGUCGUCUUUUCUCAAUUCACGUCAUUCCUUGAUUUGAUUGGGCCCCAGCUCUCCCGUGUGGGGAUUACGCACGUCCGCCUAGACGGGUCUAUGCCCCAGAAGGCCCGCAAAGCAGUCUUAGAUGAAUUUACGAAAACAGAAACGUACGAAGAUGAAAUUGUUGACUCGGAGGCUGAGGACAUCAACCAAUCGGCAUCUUCUAAUUCGUCCCCGACUGUUCUCUUAAUUUCCCUCCGCGCUGGCGGUGUCGGGCUCAACCUUACUGUUGCCAACAAUGUCUUCCUUAUGGAUCCCUGGUGGAGCUUUGCCGUUGAGGCCCAGGCCAUUGACCGUGUUCACCGCAUGGGUCAAACGCGCGACGUGUCAGUAACACGAUUCAUCGUCAAAGACUCAAUCGAGGGGCGAAUGUUGCGCGUACAAGAUCGCAAGAUGAAUAUCGCAGGUUCCCUUGGACUACGUGUUGGCGGUGAUGACGAAAACAAUGACAAGAAAGAACGCAUCACAGAACUGAAGAUGCUUUUCGAGUAA